AUGUGGUCUAAGGCAGCACGGGUGGUUGGAGGGAGGAGAAGCAUUGCUGCAGAACAGCAGAGCAUUGGCUUGGAAAGCAUUAGUAAGAAAAGGUUAAAAGGAAGAGUCAAGAGGGAUAGUAGUGCUAUGUCUGAGGAUUAUUUUACUUUUACGGGGAGAUUUGACAUUAGAAAUGUCAUGGAGUAUAAGUGGGGAUUUUACAGGAAGGUGGUGUCAGGGAUCAUCAGUAUCUAAGCCUCAGAACACCUUGAUGAAUAUGAAGAUGAUGAAGCAGGGCAGAAGGAGCGAAAGAAGGAGGAUGCUAUUACCCAACAGAAUACGAUACAAAAUGAGAGUUCCAGUGCAGAUACCCCUGGCUCAUACUUACUACAGGAUUCCUCCAGGAUGGUUUCAAGCAGGUAUAAAAGCACAGCUAAUGCACCAGAAGACGAUGCUCCAAAUAGAUACUCCCGAACAGACAGGACAACUUACAGCAGAUACAGCAGGGAUGCAAAUUCUUCUGGCAGUUCUGUACCAAGUAACGCUUUGGAAAAGAGGAUUGACGAACUUGAAAGGGAACUUGCAAAGGAGAGACAGGAAAAUGCGAGAUUAAUGAAGAUGACACAGGACAAAGAGGAACUAAUUGGAAAGCUGAAGGAAGAAAUUGAUUUAUUGAACAGAGACCUAGAUGAUAUAGAAGAUGAAAAUGAACAAUUGAAGCAAGAAAAUAAAACCCUCUUAAAAGUUGUUGGACAGCUGACAAGGUAGAAGAUUCAAGCCUCAAUGAGGAAAGAUUUAAAAACUACUGAUUGAACGUUAAGGUCAAUAUAGUAAUACUUCCUGUGUUGCAGUAUGUUACAAUAACUGUCUUUAUAUUUAUUGUUAGGAAACCAGAUGAAUGUUUAUUUUCAUAGUACUUUCUUCUUCAUUCAAUGAAAUGGCAUCAAAUUUGGGGUAUAUUUUUAGCUUUCUUUUCACAUAAGAAUAAUUAAAUUUUUUGACAUAUUUCAAAAUAUGAAGUUCAAAAAUGUUUGGGUUUUGUAUCUUCAGAUUACAUCUGGAUAAAUUACAGUCAUUUAAAAUUCAUAGCACCAGGAUCACUUUCAGUCCACGUGGGUGUAUAUUUUUGAAAUGAAUGGAAGCAAUACAGAUAAGCUUUGUUUACACAGAUCCAAAAUAUAUAUUUUGGGAAAUACUUCCUUUUUUGUUUAAGCAGCUGUAAAGUGGAUGCCUUAUUACUGAUGUAUAACAUUUUGCAGAUUGAUUACUUGCUCUAAAACUCUUGUAUGUUGAGGGUUUUUUACCGUAUCUGAAAGACUGACAAUAGUAGAGAGUAGCAGGUUUUUUUUCUGUAUAACAGUAUUCUGGCAGGA